CCUUUAUAAAGGCAGGGCGCUUAUUGAAAAGGGAGUAUCUUCCUGUAUCAUCCGUGGCACUCAUCUAAAGGCGGUAACCAUGGGGGUCUGUUGCGCGGAGAAUUUGCAAGAAUUCAAGAACAUCCUGAAGGAGGCAGGAGACAAGCUGGUGGUGGUGGACUUCUCCGCCACGUGGUGCCCUCCUUGCCAACGCAUUGGUCCACUAUUUGCUAACCUUUCAGAGCUUCCUGAAAACAAGGACGUGAUUUUCCUGAAAGUGGACGUGGACGAUGCUGCAGAUGUGAGCAAGGAGUGCGGCAUUAAAAGCAUGCCCACAUUCCAGUUCUAUAAGAGUGGAAAGAAGGUGUUCGAGUUCUCUGGCGCCAACAAGGACACGCUGAAAAGCAAAAUUGAGGAGCUGCGAUAGACGGCAAAGUCCUGCUGACCAAUCCACGCACGACUACAUUGUACAAAGCCCACAGUAGAAGCUAUACCCCCAGAGCACGCCCUGUAACCAUGAUGUCCUCUGUCCCAUUUAGGCAAUAAUAUCUGUUCCACCCUGUAGUCCUGUGUAGAUCAAUGUGUCGACCGUCUUAA